AUGGCACUAACAUCAGCAGCAUGUCGACGAACACUGGACGAUUUGUCGAUAUGCGAUCGACUGAGAGAUCCACGCUUCACCUGGAUUAUCAAUUGUGCGAAACGAAAGCUUCCGACAGUUCCAUUCACCUUGCCAGCUACAAACGCUCAGUCAUCUGAUGCGGAAAUGCUGAAGCAAGCAUUCACAUAUGCGCGACAACAGGCUUGGGGAUCACCGAACGUUUUGCAACUGGUGGAUCGUUGCAAUAAAGCGGGUGUGGUUGAGAACUGGUGCAUGGUGAGGAAU